AUGGCCGGAGCAAAAAAGCUUCCUAAAUAUCUUAUCGUCUCACCAUCCAAUGAUCACAAAGAGGAUUUAAAGCCAGAAAAGCGUACAAGAGCUGUACCUAAAUGGCUCAAGAAAGUGUUAUUGGGUAUUCCUCCCACUAUUGCUGAUGCUGCUGAAGCAACGCAAAAAACAGACUCUAUUGAACUCUUGUGUUACCUUGACAAAGUAAACAUUAGAAUAAAGAGGGGUAUUUUUAAAUCUAAUGAUGCAUUCAAGUAUUUGAAACUAGGUACCUGUCCUGUAAACCACAGAGAUAAUGAGUAUUACUUCCUACUGUACUCGCUAACAACUGACUGUGGGUUUCAUUUAGAGAGUUUGCCAGAUUAUUCAUCCAUCAGUAUUGCACUCAAAUAUAAUCCAACCAGCCCAGUUAUAAGGGAUAUGCCAUUUGAAAUUCUUCUGCAAUGUCGAUAUCCCAGGUUGUUUUACUCUUAUACAGUUGGCUUCCAUCCUGAACUACAAGGAGGCACAUUUCACAAAGUACUCCAACCAAAUAGCAGUUUCUCCAUUUCCUCUCAAGAUGCACUGGGGAAUGAAAUCCCCGGCAGUGAAACCUACAUCUUAGGACAUCCAAUGUACUUUGAGGCCAGCGGACCUGACAAAACUACAGAUUCUGCAGAUGAGAAGAUAUACAUCAAUAAAUGCUUUGUGACUGCUUCCAGAGAUCCCACCUCACAACCAAAAUAUACAGUCAUUGACAACCACGGCUGUAUGAUUGAUGGCAAGGUGACAAUACAGUCAAAGUUCCUCCUUGGAAACUCAACGAGUACACAGAAAUUCAGUGUGGGCAGCUUCAUUUUCAAGGACGGUACUUCGACCACUUCUCCACAGGUACAAUUCUACAUACACUGCGAAAUGUCUCUGGGGCCUCUUACUCCCACUUCCAGUUCAAAAGCGUGCAAUUAUGAUCACGCUACCUACAAGUGGAGGGAGCUCCAUGGUAGGGACUGUGUGUGCGCCUGCUGCGACUCAACAUGCCCAUCAGCACAUCCGAAGAUGGCCUCCAAGGAGAUCAUCACCAGUAAAUCUUGGAAGGUUGACUUUAGCAGUGAGGGUGAAUUUGAGGAGGUUGACCCACAGUUUAACUCUUUUGAUGCUGAAACAGUAAAUGUGGAAGACCCCAAUAUGGAAGGGCAUACAUACUUCCUCAACUGUGACUGAAACUUAACAAGUUUAAAGAAUUAAAAAAAAAGUAAUGUUGCAAUGAUUUACCAUUUUAAAUAAAUGUAAU